UUUAGGACUUUCUUAUGUAAUAAAUAAUAUACGAAAAGUUUUUUUAACAUGCCACUUCACAACAUGCAUACAUAUUAAACAAAUAAUACGUAUAUUUUUUAUCUCCACGAAACAUAAAAUGGUGGAGCGAAGGUUGCUAUCACAAGAAUGCAGGGAUAUUUACAAACAUUUUUACGUUUUUAACAAUGGCGGUAAAAAUUAACCUCGUGAUUUUGAAGAUAACAAGUGUUUGCGCAAACAAGAUUAUCAUUGCGGGAGAUAGCAAUGUUUUUAAGUUGAGCAUCAGAUGGUAUCAUUUCACCAUUGCUAUACAUGUGUAAGACCUAUGCAUUUCGAACUUAUGAGUCAUGACUUUAUUUAAAACUAUAGUGCCAAUAGGACAACCAUUGUGACUGCGCUAAUAAAGUUAAUCAUUAUUUGGAACUGUUGCGAUGACACACUUCAACCGUAUUUUUUGUUUUAUAGUUAUAAAUGUAAUUCCAAGAUGGAUAAUUAUCGUGAAAUAACGCUGACGUCUGAAUAUCAGUGAGACAUGAAGUUCUGGGUAUUAGCAGUGGAAAUACGUGCAUCAAACAUGUUAGUGGAACGAAUGCUCAAGGCGUAUGAAUGAACGAUCAAUAGAUGUGCAACUAUGAAUGCUUUUUUCGUCAAGCACAAAGUUCAUGAUACAUUAAUACUCCUCUUCUAUAAGUGUUACAUGGAUGAGAGGGACUCAAAAUGCUCAAUUUAACAAUAAUAAUUCUUGCUUUGCUAAUUUUAUUUUCGACGUCAUCUCAAGUUAUGUCCUCAACGUUGUUGAGUGACCCUUACGUUACGUGCGGGACAGGCAAUGCUACUACCGACGUGGUCCAAUCAAAGUUUUCUGUAGAUAAAGAUCGUCGCUGCAAGAAAAUGGAAAAGUUGACCGCAGCAAAUCGCAGCUCUAUGUGGCCAGGGCCACCAUCGAGUUUCGAACACACUAUAAAUGGUCGUAACUUUAGCUUGACGUGGAGAUUACCUAAUGAUGCGUCUGCGUUUAGUGUCACUGGAUUCAUCUUGGAUUUCCAACCGGAAACAUACGAUAACAACGUGCCUCCAAGAACGUGUUUCGUGGUAACCUGGGAAAUCCCAAAGUAUUUGCCUGCACGUUCGCAAUUUAUUCAAGAGGCAUUAUUCCAUAUGAAUUGUAAUGUCCCAUACCAUCAACAAAUUGACAUAACGAUCUUCUUGUUUCCUCUACCAAUACCGUCAGCGGAAGUAACACCGAACGCUACAAUAUCCCUCCGUCUUGCAGAUUCAUCACAACCUACCUCACCAUCAUUGCAAGGUUCAGAACUCUCCCAUCGUCAAAUAACUGUGAUAACACCGGUAGCGUCCCCUGACGUAAAUGCACUGCUGCUCAUUUCCGCUCUGUUGACAGUUACAGUCGCAGUUUUUGCAACAGUGUUAUUUUAUGUAAUUUGCAAGCGAAAUAGACGCUUAUUAUCUACUAACAACAAUCCCGUUAAUACCGAGGAUAUCCAACCGCAAAAUCAGAGCUUACUGUAGGCCAUACGUGAAUACCCGGUAUGACUGAGUGGUGCUGGCGCCGCCUUUCAUAAAGACUUGAUUGUGCAUAUGGAAUGAAAGGUAUUCCACAAGUGCUAAGAAAUUACGGGUUCAUGGUUGUCAGCUAUGUCAGCUUGGUAACUCUACGUUUGUAUAAGUUCAUAAUAGACGCCCGCAUGGCGGAAGUCUGUACUUCACUCAUCACAGUGGUUUCUGUCAGAACAAGUGCGAGAUUAGAUUGUGACAUUUUUUGUUUAUUAUAAUGUGUAUACUUCAUUUUCUUUGAGAUAAGUAAUUUUUAAAUUAAGGACAGUGUUCGCAGUUUGGCAAAUUAACUAUGAUAAGAAUCGCCAUAGCUUCAAAAGAGAAUGUAUGCAUUAUAUUUAAACACACGCAAUAAUACUCAUGACAAAGAAAAAUGUUGGUUUAUUGAUGAUUAUAAAUCGAAAUCGUUAACCAAACUCAAUCAUUUGGAACGCUUUUCAUCUAAUCGAAAUCGUUAACCAAACUCAAUCAUUUGGAACGCUUUUCAUCUAUAAUUUAGCAAAAACGUGUAUUAUCAACAUAUGGGUUGAACUGCCUUUCAAAUUUAGAAUGCCUUCAUGGUGUAGUGAACACGAGCUAGCUUUUGCUUCCAGAGGUCAUGGGGCCGAUCCUCGGAUUCGUUUUCCACCGUAUUAUAAUUAUUUGAUUCUAUUCCAAAUAUUGAAGUUGUUAUUUAAUGACGUUUAGAAGAUGCCAAAAAAUGUGAAUGUGUCCCUUGAACAAAACAAAGCAAACGAUAAUUGAAAC